GUAUCUCAGACAAAUUGUCAUGGAUAAAUCAGAAACAUCUGAUGUAUCGCCGGCCCGAUUAGAAAUUGAAUUGCAGUGAUGUAAUGGCCUUUAAAUAAUUCAUAUGUCGAGAAAAGUAAAAGAGGCUAAGCUAUAGAGGAGAACAAAAUCAAUGAGGGCGAGAGAGCACAAAUGAUAAAGAAAGAGGUAUACAUAGAGAGAGAGAGACAGAGGAGUGGAGAGAAUCAGAAGAGACAGGCGGUCAGGCAGAUGGAUGGGAACCCCGCCCAGGCCUGCUUCCUCUCUGCCUGCUCAGUCCAGUGAUAAGCAGCUGAGGAGGAAGUCGAGUAUUAUUUCAUCAGGACAUGUGAAGGAGGAUGUUCGUUUCUAUUUGCUGAGGAGGAAUCGGUGAAGCUCCGGUCUCAGUUUAAUGAAGAUACUGUAGUUAAGCCUCAAAAAGUCUCCAUCCGAUGACCUCACAGCCACCUGACGAGCCACAAAAACACAAAUAAUAAAGUUGAUUUUGACUUCACAGCCUCCAGACCUUGUCUCCGGUCCCUGAACGUUUCAGUCUGAGCAGAGGGAUUUUAACUGUGUUUUUCUUUCCCAAAGUGUGUGUAUCUGGCUAAGUAACAUAGUUUGCCACCCAAAUUGGCUCGUUUUGUGGAGUCCCAGGCUACUGCCAGUCCUCUUUAGCUCUGGCAAAAAGCCUCCGUAGAUUUCCCCUGAGAAGUUGACUUUCCCUCCAGAGCUAGAGGCACACCAUUGGAAAGGGAAGACUGUAACCCUGGAUGAAGGCCCUGUCUUGAGGGGCAGAGUUUGUGAAGCCUGCAGGCUGCUUGGAUCUUCCUCACACUUUCCUAGCUUGUCAAUAUACCUGAAAGACUUGCAUUUACCCCGCCGACAGCUAGUUUGCUUUGUUGGACAUGUGGAUGCUGCUAACAGGGUUUUUGUGCCCAUUUAGGAAAACCAUCUAGUUGUGAGACUUCUAGCUCUGGAAGGCCCAGCCAUGGAGGGUCUUGAGCAGCUUGACAUGGUGGGCGAUAUCAGCCCGGCUCUUGAGGCCACCGAGGACUUUAUUCACUGCAUGGACGGGAUUCAAGGCCAAGGCCCGAGCCAAGCCCAAACAGGGACCCUGCAGCCUUCCAGGCAGCCUAAGCAACUGCAGGAGGUUUCCAGUGCCGCGCUGGGGAAGCUGAGCUCCAGCGGCGUGUGGAGCCUGCUGGCUGGGGAGCAGCCAGAGGUGGGGCCCCUAGGCCUGGCCUGGGCUGACAACUUCAGCGUGUUGGGGCUGGGGAUAGGCUUGAGGCACGGCAAGAGAAGCCGAGCGCGCUCCACCAACGACCUUGCAGCCCAUACCAAGGAGUGCACCAACAACACCGCCAACUCCUCAUCCAGCUCAGCCUUCAAGAAGGGACACAACCGGUCCAGGUCAGACGUCAACUACCGGCCAUCUGCAUACACAGACAACGGACUGCCCACUGUGGACAGCAACACUCUGAGGAACAUAAUCCUCAACCACCAGCAAGAUGCUGAUAAAAGCAGCAGUAGCAGUGUGGUGAAGCAGGGUGCUAUGGAGCAGCGUGAGGGGCCCCGGGGCCGAUGGACACCCUGCCACGUCGAGCUGACACCCUGUGAGCUCCGACUGUACACUCUGGACAGCAGCGCCAACCGCCAGCUGGGCACCGCCUACUCUCUGUCACACUGCCAGAGCAUCAUCUUACCAGCACCCAGCAGCCAGCCAGGCCAGAUCACCCAGCCCGCCGAUCAACGCACGCUUCAGGCUUUGUUCUUCAACAGCACGCGUCUCCAGCUGAGGGCGGCCAGCCAAUGGGAGGCCAUGGAGUGGAGGCGGCUUAUGUGGGAGAAGGUGCAGGCAGCCAAAAAUGUGAGGCAGGAAAACCGCCAGCGUAAGACUGGAGUGGAAAAGCAACAGGUCACCAAGUUUCCUGCAUCCAUGUCACCUUCCUCGUCGCCCUCUCCAUUUGGGCUCGACACCAGGUCUGAUGGUGACAGCGACACCCCCACCUCAGCAGAUGCGUUGCUCUCUCUCCAGCCUAAUUCUGGCAUCCUGAGCAGACCCACCACGCUGCCUCUGUUCACCCAACGCUGCCAGGACGUUCUCAAAGCUGGUCUGCUCCACCAGCUGAUGGAUCAGAACAACUGGCGGGCCUUCACUUUCGUCCUGACCAGAUCUGCUCUCCGGGCCUUCCCUACCGAGGGCCGUGGGUCUGUGUCCCAGCCUGUCCUCCAGUACCCCCUGGCCUCGUGCUUGACCGUGCAGCAUGAUCAGGAUCCAGAGAAAGGAGAGCCAUGGACAGAUAGAGCGGACUGCUUCCAGGUCGUUUUCCCCAAAGUGGUAGUCAGACUUCGGGCGGAUGAUCAGCUCAAGGCCCAGGAAUGGGUGGAGGCUCUGCGGGAGACAGUCAGAGCGCAGAGGCCUGCCCAAGAAGAAGGCGGGGAAUCGGGAGAAGGAGCUCCAGGCCUCCAGGGAGUGCUGUUGAGAUCCAAACCAUCCAGGGACAGGAGACAGCGGGAGAUCCAGAAAGCCAAGCGGCAGUCAGUCACCACCAGUUUCCUCAGUAUUCUCACCUGUCUAGCUGUGGAGAAGGGGCUCACUGCUCAGAGCUUCAGGUGUGCAGGUUGUCAGCAUCCAGUUGGUCUUUCCAGAGGAAAGGCAAAGGUCUGCUACUACAGCGGCUGGUACUACUGCCAGAGCUGCCAUCAGGACAACUCCUUCCUCAUCCCAGCACGCCUGUUGCACAACUGGGACACCAGCAAGCACAAGGUGUCUAAACAGGCCAAGGAGUUCCUGGAGUUUGUGUACGAGGAGCCCCUGCUGGAUGUCCAGCAGCUCAACCCUUGUCUGUAUGAGCACUGUGAGCCUCUCAGCACUGUGCUGCGUCUCCGUCAGCAGCUCCAGUCACUGCGGGCCUACCUGUUCAGCUGCCGAGCAACCGUUGCCGAGGACCUCAGACGAAGGAUCUUCCCCAGGGAAUACCUGCUACAGCACAUUCACCUGUACUCCAUGGCUGACCUGCAGCAGGUGAUUGAUGGAAAACUGGCUCCCUUCCUGUCCAAGGUGAUCAAGUUUGCCAGCUCCCACGUUUUCAGCUGCAGUUUGUGUCGAGAGAAAGGCUUCAUCUGUGAGUUGUGCCACAACGGACAGGUCAUCUACCCCUUUCAGGAGAGCGCCACCAGGAGGUGUGACGGCUGCGGCGCCGUGUUCCACGCCGAGUGUCGACAGAAAGCUCAGCCGUGCCCUCGCUGUGUACGCCGCGAACUCCACUACAUGAAGCCGUCCUCCUUUUGGUCACCUGACGACGACAGCCCCGGGUGCUUUCACCUGCCUUACCAAGACACCUGAGACACACACAGACGCACAAAAGCAGUAACAAUGCGGCCGCUGCCAGGCCAUGACGCUGGACAAAGUGCCUGUUUUUGUGAUUUGAAUCCAGGACAAAUUGUGUGACAGUUUUGACCAGAGGACGAGCUCAGCGCGUCUGAUGCGUCGUCAGGUUUGUGUUUAUGUGUGUGUACCUGCUAACACACACACACACACACACACACACACACACGUGCUAAGCCCCCUUUGUCCUAUUGUAAAGAGCAGGGAGACCUACUGAAGAACUGCUGCACCAGGCUUUACAGACUGAACUACUUAUAGUCAAACAUCACACGUCAAGGUCAUCCUCCACCAUCUUUAUCCCUUUAGCACAUCAGUACCUUCACUUAUUCCUUAUUCCAGGGGUUAAAACAUGUAAAAUCACAGCUGGUAAACUGGAGAAAUUCAAACUAAUAGCUGGAACAUUUUGGUGGCUUAUUCUAACGUCUUCCACCUGCCCUUAUAGUCAUGUAUAAGUUUAGUGAUGAAACGAUUAGUCAAUGGACAGACAAUUAACAAUUUUGGCAAGUAAUUAAUCAUUUAUCGAAAAGGCAAAACGUUCUCUGGUUCCAGCUUCUCAAAUGUGAAGAUUUGCUGUUUUUCUGUUUGUUUUGGACUGUUCGUCAAACAAAAUAAGCAAAUUGAAAAUGUCCCCUUGUCCUCUGGGAGCAUGUGAUGUUUUUUUUUUUUGUUGUUGAAAAAAAUAAUUAAUAUAUGAUGAAAAUAAUCAUUAGCCCUACUCAUGUUAAACUGAUACUCCACCUAAAAUCAUUACAGUAUGAAACUCACACACUGAAGCCUUGAAACAUGGCUGUAAAAUGUUUGUAGUUUCCUUCUUUACAGAGAAUACAGCUGUCAACUUGGACUCAUGUCAGUUACAAUGUGCUCAUAUGAGCAAUGAAACAGGUUUUGCUUGCUGUAAACUUUCCUCCUGUUCAUACUGUCCAUUAAAAGAUCCAUUUCUAAAUCGAUUUCAAUGUAAGUGAUGGGGGGCAACAUCCAGUCAUAUGAGGCUUCAGCAGUCUUAAGUCAGGUUUCAAUCCAAAUGUAGCUCAAUUUUUACCUGAAUUUAGAGAAAAUCAGCGAAAGAUAAUGCAAAUUAAUGUGUGUUCCCAUCCACUACCGUUAUGUGAAUAUUAUAAACAGCUGGUGGCGCUAAUUCUCCACUCAGGUGCACAACGAGAUGACGUACGUCAUGAUGUUUUCGCUAAGUCUGUUUCCAUUACACUUGUCGUAUGUUGCUUUUAUCAAUACACCAAUUUUCUUUUCUUUUUUUAGAGCUGUAAUGAUUCAUUGAUUUGUUGAUCGGCAGAAAAUUAAUCAACAACUAUUUUGAUCGAGUAAUCGUUUUAGUAAUUUUUCAAGCACAAAUGCCAAACAUUUGCAUGUUCCAGCUUUUCAAAUGUGAGAAUUUGCUGCUUUUCGGGAAAGUGGAUUAUGCCACAGUGGACCUUUUGAUAUUUUUAUUUUCAGCCGUGACAACUUGUCACCUUUUGAUUCUUUUGAUUGACCAUUUUUUCAGUGUUCUUUUAAUGUAAAAUGUAAACAGACAUUAAUUUAAAAGGGAACUCUGUCAGUCUGUCUGAGCACAUUUUCUUCCCUCCAUUGAUGUAACUGUAAAGUAACGGGCAAUAAUAUACUGUAACUUAUUCUUCUUAGCCUUUUCCCCUCCUCUCUUCUUCUGUGACUCUACUUCCUGUUGUGCUUUAUUCAUGCAGAAUCUAUCAAACACGAUAGCAGCUUUAGCUUUUAGUAUCUCUAUGCAACCUACAUGGCCUUUAUAACCCACUGCUGUUUGUUUUCUUAACACUGCUGCACCAGCUGUGUUUCCAUCCUGUUUCAAGGCAAAUUUUACUGAAAUGUUGAAAAAAAUAAAACGUACAUUAGGUUAAUUUUUUCUACAAACAAAAAACAGAUUUGCUCCAAUCAGAAAUCAAAACCUUUUGGGAAAGAAAGAAAGCAAAUGCUGCCGCCAUUGAUCGUUUAAAGCUGAACUCCCUGAUUUUGUUACAGCGUCUGAAAAUUGCGAAGUGUGCUUCCAGCUAACAGUUGAGUUUCUAAAUAUCCACAACAAGCUUGGAGACAUCUGUAUUUUAUUUUUGGGCAUCAUAACAGCAAAUAACAACAAAGUCAUGGAUUGCAGCUUCAAAGUUCAAUAGGAAUUUAGGAGUUUGUAAUAUGGAUGGAAAUGUAGCUGCUAUUUCUUCCCGCUACUUGUUUUCUGGUGUGGCCGGACUGAUUUGAUCUUAAUUUCAGUGUUAAUUCUUUGCUCAUCUGUCCACUCUUUAUCCUCUUUUUUCAGCUUGUUUAACCAUAAAAACAUGUCACUUUGAAUAAGCUGCUGUAAUCAGCACCUGACUGACAAACCCCAGUUAUGGAUUUAUUCGGGAAUAUGUAUUUUUGUGAAAAGCAGAGAUCAGACUGAGUUAUUCAUGUUUAUGAAGCAUAUAGGAGACUGUAGACUGAAACUAAAUAACCCAGUGUAGUUUAAUAUAUGGCAGGAAAGGUGCACUAAUGUUAGUUGUUUACAUUUCUUUUGUUUGUAUUUUGUUUAAAAGGUCACAUCUGCAGCCAUGUUUAAGUUAUUGUUGACUGAUUGCGCCUGCUGCAUAAAAAAGGAAUGAAAAGGUUGUAAAUCCUUUGGUAGAAGUAUUUUUGAUAUGUAUUUUGACUGUAUGAAGAUUGUUUGUUUUAUUUUUAUUUGGUUGCUGUUUUUUUUUUUAAAUCAUGCUGUUUAUUUGUGUACUACGGAGUCCGGCAGGUUUCACGGAUGUUCUUUGUGCCCUCAGAUUAGAUUUGUGCAAAGGUCUAAAACGGAGAGCUGACCCGGCUGAACGAGACUGGUACUGCCAAAUUUGAGACCUGAACCCAACCCGAAAUCUGAAGCUACAGUUACGCCUUUAUGUCUUCCAUUACCGUUAGCUGAUAUAUAACCAAACCUCAGCUUGACUUUACGCAACAAAAACAGCCCCGACCUGAUGGUCCUGUCAAAGUAUCUGAUUCAGGUAGCAGUACUAUCACAGAUUACUAAUGCAAGAGUACGAAUGAAUAAAAUAUGUUUAAGGGAUCUUAAAUGUUAACAGGCAACAUCUGAAUCUAUAUAUCUAUAUAUUCAGCUUUGCCUCAAAAUUAAGUGUUUUAGAUAAUCUGGAUAAACUUUUCACAUAUUUAAAACUUGUUUCUUGGGCUGUGUUGGACCUAUUUUUAACAACACGUAAUAAGACAUAAACCUAAUUGGAGUGCGUUAGGCUAAUUUAUCAGUAAUUAUUUGGUUCACAGGGCGUACCAAAGAAAAUCGCAAACCGAACAUACUGUGCCAAACAGUUUGGGACAAAUAGUUCAUAUUGCUACAUUUUUGGUGCUUAUUCAAAAGCGUGAAUUAGUAAUCUUUGUGCACAAAUGACCCAGAAAUAAAUAAAUACUCCCAGUACCUGCUGGCCUGUACUUUGCCUCUAUGUAGCUACAACAGCUGACUUGAAGACUUGUGCAUCUGAUCACUUUAAAACUUUUCUUAAUUCCUUUGCUUGUUUUAUGUUUGUUCAUUCAGACAACUUGAAAGUGCAGGUUUGUGUUUAGUUUAUUUUUUUUAUUCUUACUGCCCUUCCUUCAAUUUUGCCCAUUUUCAUUUCAGUCUGUAUUUGGAAACUUUCUUUUCUAUCUAACUAACUAACUAACUAACUGACUAACUAUCUUUUCACUGGAGUGUCAACAACCAGUUUUGACAAAACUUUAACUUCUAGGAUGAAAUCUUGAGGCCAUUCUAUGAGUGAAAAUUAGCAUCCGUUGUCACAUCAGAGCAGGAAUGUGUAUGAGUACACGACUGGAAAUGUUCUUCAUGUUGCAGGCACAUUAUGAUCAUUGAAGUGUGUUUUACUUGACGUAUUUGGAGAAGAAUAUAUUAUACAGUAUUUAAGCAAAGUAACUGGACUGAAAUUAUCUCUUUUUUGCACUUUUUAAGUUAUUUUUUUUUAUCAUUGUUUUUCUUUUCAUUGCAGCCAAAACUCUUAUGCAAGUACAGGGAGUUGAUUUUCUGAUUUAAUCAGCCUUUCCUCCUGUCUGGUUUUGUUCAAAUUUGUCUGCUAGCCACUGAUGCCAAUAAAGACAAACUUCUUAAUAGUGAAA